UAGUUCUGUUUAGUUCCAUUCCACAGGCCGGCAAGGGACCUGUGUUCCGCUUCUAGGGGUCUACACGGAGAACUGAAGGGCUGAAGAGAAAGAGACGAUUUAUUGUCCAGCACAGUGGAAUAUACUGGACACAGUGGCUCCUGAGACCAACAACAGCCCUGUCAUCUCAGCCUCUUCUUCCCUUCUUCCUCCUGCUGUGUGUGUCAGUCUGUCUUGAUCGUGAAGUCUUUUCACCUCCUCUUUUCUAUCUACCAUCUCUUCUUCAGUCUGGGUCUACUCUCCACUGUCUCGGUGUCUGUCAUACCCUACCUGCAGUAUCACUGAGCUACCGUGUGACGGAGUAAAGACAGUAUGUGUUGCACUGGGAAGUGUUCUCGCCUGGUGGGCCUGAUCCUGUUGCCCUCGGCGUUCGCCUGCAUCAUCUCCAACGUCCUCCUGUUCUUCCCCGACGGAAAGCAGCAGGACAGCAGUCAUGUCUCCCUGCAGGUCUGGCUCAUGGGCGGCCUCAUCGGAGGGGGAAUAUUCAUGCUGUGCCCCAGCUGUUCGGCUAUCAGGGCCGGGGGCAAGGGUUGCUGUGGAAAUGGUUGCUGCGGAAACCGUUGCAGAAUGCUGAACUCUGUCUUCUCGGCUGCUUUUGGUUUGGUUGGAGCUAUCUACUGCACUAGUGUCUCUUCUGCGGGACUGGCCAUUGGACCUAAAUGUCAGAUUGCUAGUGGAGAAUGGAAAUAUCCCUUUGAGGACCUACCAGGUGGGAACAGCAGUUACCUGUUUGACCACUCUCUGUGGGACCUGUGUGUGAUCCCUGUCAAUGCGGCCCUGUGGCACCUGGUCCUCUUCUCCAUCAUGCUGGGCCUGGGGGGCCUGCAACUCAUCCUCUGUGGCAUCCAGGUGGUCAACGGCUGCAUCGGCUGCUUCUGUGGGGACUGCCGUGAUGACAAGGAGGAUGAUGGUGGAUUGUGAGAUGGAGCGAGAGAAGAAGUAGCAAUGCCACAGCCUAUUUUAAUGACGACUAGUGCUGAGCGAUUAGUGCUUUUUCAUGUCGGUUCAGUUUCGGUUCGAUUAUAAAAAAUUAUCACGGUUUUUGAUUUUGCGUUCGAUUAUAUAAUACACUAUGUUGUGUUGAACGCUGUAACAACACAGAAUAAAACAUUUAAUACAA